AUGGGCCCCUUCUGGAUUCGCUAUCAGGUCUGGAACUCCGGGGAAAGAGCUGGGCUGGACAUGAGAGUGGGAGCCACUGAUAAGGAGGUGGAGGCUGCAGCUCACAGUCUAGUUAGGGAGACAAGACUUACAGAAGGAAUUCUAUGGCAAGCUGUCAAGAGCAGACCUGGUGAUAACCACUUUGCUCAGGUGAAUGCCAAUGUGGACAGUUGUACCAUUAGCUUUCUCACGCUGCACCCUCUCAAUGUAGAUGACAAACUUCUUUCUGUACACCGGGACUACCUUGCCAAUCUGCUUACCUUUGUAGUAUCCUCAAACUACCUGGACCUCAUUGUCCUUGUGGAUGGGCAUGGAGUGGGUGCUAUACUUCUGCCACAGCUCCUUGGACAGCUGGGACUACCUGAUCUUCCUGCGCACGAGCGAGGGAGCACUGAAGUGGUGUUUGUGGUCCUUGCUGUGCUGUCCGAGGUCAAGAAGGGGCUGAACUUCAUGGUGACUGAGGAGUCUGGCAGCCUCAGAAGCGUUGCACACAAGGGAAUCCUGAUCUUGGAGCUCCUGCUCUUCACUCCUGCUUGCUUUGGCUAUUUUGAAGAUUUGGCCAAGUGCUUUCAAGAUCCCAACUAUGAGUCUGUCCUCCUCAUGGCCCAGAAGGGGCUCCAUACCUCUCCAUUGCCCAAGCGUGUGGUGGUCGUAGGAGCUGGCAUGUCAGGUCUGGUAGCAGCCAAGGCCCUGCAGGAUUCUGGCCACCAGGUAACCAUCUUGGAAGCCAGUGACCACAUUGGGGGUCGAGUAGCCACAUACAGGAAUGAGGAAGAGGGAUGGUACUUUGAAUUGGGUCCCAUGAGAAUCCCAACAUCCCACAGGCUCGUCCACACCUAUAUCCAUAAGCUUGGCCUGAAGUUGAACAAGUUCAUCCAAUAUGAUCCCAACACCUGGUACUUCAUCAAUGGAAAACGCUAUCGCACCUGGGAGGUCAAGGCCAACCCAGAGCUCCUGGGCUACUCGGUGAAUCCCACAGAGAAGGGCAAGAGUGCUAUAAAUCUCUUCCAUCAGUCCAUCACUAAGCUCAAACAAAGUCUGAAAACUUUCAACUGCAGCCAACUGAUGUCCUUGUAUGAUUCUUACUCCACCAAGGCUUACCUGCUGAAGGAAGGGAUGCUGAGCCGAGGAGCAGUAGAGAUGAUUGGGGAUGUGCUGAAUGAGGAUGCUGGAUACUAUAAAUCUCUCCUGGAAUCCCUGAGGAUUGAUAUGAUUGUCUCCAACAGUGAUGGCUUCACUGAGAUCACCGGUGGUUUUGACCAGCUCCCCAAUGCCCUAGGUGCCAGCUUGGAGCCUGGCACCAUUCAUUUGAGGUCCAAGGUGGAGAUGGUUGUGAGGAAUGGGCCAGAAGUCCGAAUUUCCUACCGUGUGGGUGGCCCCAACUCAGCAGUGCACUCCAUCACUGCAGACUACAUCAUCAUUACAGCCUCAGCCAAGGCAACUCGUCUUAUCACCUUUGAGCCACCUCUCUCUCUACACAAGAUGGAUGCUCUCCGCUCACUGCAUUACACCAGUUCCACCAAAGUGAUUCUGGCCUGUAACGAGUCCUUCUGGGAACGUGAUGGCAUUCGGGGUGGAGUCUCUGUCACUGACCGGUCCUCACGCUAUAUCUACUACCCUAGUCACAGCUUGCCCAAUGGCAAGGGUGUUCUAUUGGCCUCCUACACUGUGGAUGAUGAUUCUAUGUUCUUCUUAUCCAUGCAUCAAGACCAGGUGGUGGACAUCGUCCUGGAUGACCUGGCAGCUGUACACCAGCUGCCCAAGGAGACACUGCGGCACAUGUGCCCGUCCUCUGUGGUCAAGCACUGGUCUCUGGACCCUUUCACCAUGGGCGCCUUUGCCGAGUUCACACCAUACCAAUUUGUGGACUUUUCACAACAACUCUUCUUUCCAGAGGGCCGCAUCCACUUUGCUGGUGAGCAUACCUGCCUGCCCCACGCCUGGAUAGACACUGCCAUCAAGUCUGGGCUCCAGGCCGCCAGGGACAUCCAGGCUUCUGUAGACAAGGAGGCUGCAGUGGAACACAUGCCUCUGUUGACCAGCUAA